GCCCCAGACAUAUUCAUUCUAAAGUAAAUCGUCGUCCUGAACACACGUGUGCUUCCAAAAAAAAUCAAAUAAAAAUCUUCAGAGUGAUUUUUAUAAUUUUUCCAAAAAAAAAAAUUUUGAUAAUAUUUUUAUUUUGUAUUUUUCUAAAGAAAUUUUCAAGUGAAAAAGUUUAAACUUUCGGUUAUUUAAUAGUGAUUUUAUAGUGAUUUAAAAGUAGACAUGAGCAGUUUUACAAGCGACCAGACGAGCGAGGACAGCUUCUCGCAGCCGAUCAGCCAUCGCAUUCCGAACCAAAAAAGCGACCCAUCCCCGACAAAGAAUACCAAGUCGAUGAGGGAUGCCAAGAGCAACAGAGAUCCCAGGACCACAAAGGACUCUAAAUCCCAUCGAGAUUCCAAGUCGGAAGGAUCGAGCGGCGGCUCGCACGGCCGGCAAUACCAGAGCGUGCAGGAUAGCGCCGGAUCGAACGCCCUGGAGUCACCUUACUCGCGCUUCCUGCACGAGUUCAGGAGCCGCUAUGGCGACUACUACAGCCACGACCAGGUUACCAAGGCGGCGGAACAACGCUGGUGCGACAUGGCCCUCAACCAUGGCUCAAACAAAAGACUCAACGGGCAGGCCCAUACCAUUCCGAAUGCUUUAAACGCCCGCGCAUGCGACGAUCAUAGGGCAGCAUAUUCCUAUGCUGGGAUGGACCUAGAUUCUGGGGCAGCCAGCACCAAUGAAUUCUCCUUCGGCGGCGGCGGCGCCGGUGACGACGACGGUCAGUGCGGCAAAAAGAAGGCAUCGAAGGUGUGCAAGACCAAGCCGAAGAAGGCCAAGCCUAGCUGCCCCAAGCCGAAGCCCAAGUGCUCCAAGCCGAAGCCAAUGUGCCGUAAGCCGAAGCCCAAGAACCCGUGUCGCAGGGCCCCGGCGUGUCCCAAGAAGCCAAAGCCAAAGUGCGCCAAGGCCAAGCCCAAGUGCAGCAAACCCAAAAAAGCAGCUUGCCCGAAAAAGUGCUGAUCGUCAGCCUCGUCGCUUCCACAAACAUGUUUCGGUCUAUGCAUAUAAUCUAAAAAACCAGACAGAUCCCAAAAAUUAUAUCAAAAUUACGGAUUUCGGAAAGCUGCUGGGAAAAACAGCCUGCGGCCUUCACUGAACUGGAUGGGGAAAAUAGCAGCGCCCUCCUUCAAAACGAACCAAUCCCAAGAAUAGAUUCAAAGCGUCGGGGAAAGGAAACUUUCAUAAUUUGUCUAAUUUUUAUAUUCCGGCUUAUAUUUCGAAUCAAACUAGCUUUCAAAAAUUAUUAAAAAAAUCUGUCUGACCAAAAA